CCUAAUUAAUUGAUAAAAAAAAAAAACAGGGGAGAAAGAGAGAGAGAGACAGUAGAGAUGGAACCGGUCAUGGAAGACGAAGAGUAUAACUGGAGAGAAGUGAAGCUACCGUUGCUGGUUCCGGUGGUGGAGCCGUCGGAGCUGGAUCGGGAGACCGGCGAGCGACGCCGCGGCCGCGACAUCCUCAUUGCCGUCGAUCAUGGCCCCAACAGCAAGCACGCCUUCGACUGGGCCGUCACCCACCUCUGCCGCCUCGCCGACACCGUUCACCUCGUACACGUUGUCUCCAGUUUGAAGAGUGAUAUUGUGCAUGGGGCUGCUGAGGGCCUAAUGGAGAAGCUUGCGGUAGAGGCUUUUGAGGUUGCUAUGGUAAGGACGCUGGCUCGUAUUGUUGAAGGAGAUGUAGGGAAGGCAAUUUGUAAGGAAGCAGAAAGGUUGAAACCUGCAGCUGUAGUUUUGGGUACCAGAGGCCGAAGCUUAAUGCAAAGUGUACUGCAGGGAAGUGUGGGUGAAUAUUGCUUCCACAAUUGUAAAAUAGCACCCAUUAUCAUAGUUCCUGGAAAAGAAGCUGGAGAUGCAUCAGUGAUUUAGUUGGAAACAUAUUCUGCUGCGAAACCUUGUUCCAUUGUAAGUGAUGUAGCAGCUGUUAAGAAGAGAAGUUUACUUCUAUAGUUUGCAAGUCCAUGUUGAUAGUUGUUUAGGGAUUCAUAGAGACGAAGUGUGGUUAAUUCUCUAUUAAUGGUCGUGUGGCCAUUCUCUGUUAACACUUUGCAGCUUGAUGUAAAAAUUGUUUAAAAUGGGCAAGGAAGUAAAACUCAAUGUUGGGUGAUUGUUCAAUCUGAGCUAUGUAAAUAUUUACAAGUAAUAAAUAUUUAAUUUGACUA